AUGUGUGAUACGCGUAACGUUUCAAUUACCAUUUCAGCGAUGAAUAAUUCACACAAUGAUGUUCCUCUAACGAACACAAAAAUGGCGAUGAUCGAAGACACAAAUUUGAGUGAAACCGCCAAAUACAAAAAAGAAAAUAUUUUAAAGACCGUGUCUGAGAAUUUUGAAGAAUUUUCUAGAAAUACCAGCAUACAUGGUUUUAAAUAUUUAGGUGCCUACAAAGGGUGCACCCUUGAAAAAAUAUGGUGGUUUAUGGUUCUCUGUGGUUGCAUUUACUUGUGUGCGGUUUUAACCAACACCACUUUGAAAAAAAGGGAUGAAAAUCCGGUUUUUAUCAGUUUCGGCCAAUCGCCGAUGCGCAUAUGGGAUAUUCCUUUUCCUGCGGUUACCAUUUGUCCCGCUGUUAAACUUAAAUCGAAAUACAGUUUUCAACAAUAUGCGGAUAGGUGUAGACGAAAUAAUCUAACGUCAGAGGAGCUCCAACUCUUUAUGCACAUCAACCUAUUCUGUAGAACUGCCAAUAAAUAUUGUGCUUUACCGAUGUCAGAACACAGACCUGAUCACGCAUCUAUUGAUUAUCUUAUCGAGCGUGCUCCGUCAAUAAACGAUCUACUAGUAUUUUGUGUGAUGAACAUAAAACAUUUUCCAUGUAAUGAAAGUUUUUCCCCAGUUCUAACGUCUGCGGGACUUUGUUUUACCUUAAAUAUGUUAGACCAAAGUGAGUUUUAUGAAAAUAUAACGUACAUACCUGCCAACCACAUGAAACACAUGACAAUUCGCAACUGGUCUAUGGACAACAACUACAUUAAAACUCUCAACUUCACCGUUCCAGUCAGAUUCACAAAAAUUACAGACUCGUUAUACUUUCAACUACAGACCUCUCACACAGAUCAGCUCUGUGAAGAAUACAGAGGUUUCAAAAUUCUGUUGCACCAUCCUGCCGAAACUCCAGCUUUAGCAAACCGAUAUCUCUUGUUGUCAAACGACGUGAGCUACAAGAUUUGGAUCAAACCCGACAUCACAACCACGGCUGCAAAUUUACAAGAUUACUAUCCCCACAGACGAGGUUGCUUCUUUUCCAACGAAAGGAAACUCAAAUUUUACAAAAUCUAUACAGAGGAAAAUUGUAAAUUGGAGUGUAUUUCUAAUUUCACCAUAAGUCGUUGUGGCUGUGCGCUUUACUAUGCACCACAUGAGGUUUCAACACGAAUUUGUGGUUUUGCAGAUCACUCCUGCGUGAUCCAAGUCAAGGAACAGUUUUUGAGCUUGGAAAUGAAAUUGGAGAUUUUUGAAAACGAUCUAAAUGAUAAGUAUUUAGAAGAAACUUGCGACUGUUUGCCAUCUUGUACUUCCAUCGUGUACAAUGCAGAAGCCAGUCCAGAACAUGAUUCAGUUUCACCUCAGAAUGGCACUUCACAUACAACGCUUCGCAUGACUUUUAAAGAUGCCAAGUUCGUGACAAUGGAAAGAAAUGAACUCUUCAGUAAUGCUGAUUGUUGGGCUAGUUGUGGAGGUCUUUUGGGGUUAUUUACAGGGUUUUCUGUGGUAUCCUUUGCCGAAAUUGUCUACUUUUCCACACUGAGAUGGAUAUGUAAUUUAUGGGGCAAGAGAAAACGAAUAUUUUGCUAAAAUUAGAAUAUCACUGUCAUAGACAAUUAAUUAAUAAAAAAGACAACAAUGUG